AGACAACCCACACCACCGAGGAGCAGACCGGGGAAGUGCCGCUGACUGACGUGACCGGAGGAGCCCUGUGUGUAUUUCCUGUCCUCUCUGACUUUGACCAUGGUGUUGAGGGAGGUCCCAGCUGAAAACAUCGCCCGUCCUCUGGGCAGGAACGAGGUCAUCGGCCUCCUCUUCCGCCUCACCAUAUUCGGAGCCGUCACCUACUUCACCAUUAAGUGGAUGGUUGAUGCCAUCGACCCCACCAGGAAGCAGAAGGUGGAGGCCCAGAAACAGGCCGAGAAGUUGAUGCGUCAGAUCGGAGUAAAAAAUGUGAAGCUGUCAGAGUACGAGAUGAGCAUCGCAGCUCACCUGGUCGACCCGCUCAGCAUGCAGAUCACCUGGAGAGACAUCGCAGGUCUGGAUGAGGUGAUCACAGAGUUAAAGGAGACAGUGAUUUUACCUGUUCAGAAGAGACACCUGUUCCAGGGAUCCAGGCUUCUGCAGCCACCAAAAGGCGUGUUGCUGUAUGGGCCCCCCGGCUGCGGUAAAACGCUGAUCGCCAAGGCGACGGCCAAGGAGGCGGGGUUUCGUUUCAUCAACCUGCAGCCGAGCACGUUGACCGACAAGUGGUAUGGAGAGUCCCAGAAACUGGCUGCUGCUGUGUUCUCAUUGGCUGUUAAACUGCAGCCGUCAAUCAUCUUCAUCGACGAGAUAGACUCGUUCCUGAGGAGUCGCUCCAGCUCAGACCACGAGGCCACGGCCAUGAUGAAGGCUCAGUUCAUGAGUCUGUGGGACGGACUGGACACCGACCACAACUGCCAGGUGAUCAUCAUGGGAGCCACCAACCGGCCUCAGGAUCUGGACUCUGCCAUCCUGAGGAGGAUGCCCACCAGGUUCCACAUCAACCAGCCGAGUGUGAGGCAGAGAGAGCAGAUCCUAAAACUCAUCCUGGAGAACGAGAGCGUUGACUCCUCUGUUGACCUCAUCGACAUCGCCAAGGAGACAGACGGUUUCUCAGGAAGUGAUCUCAGAGAGAUGUGUCGCGACGCUGCACUGCUCUGUGUGCGAGACUUCGUCCACAGUCAGAACGACAGUUCCUCUGAGGACUUUAUUCGUCCCAUCCAUCAGUCCGAUCUUCAGAAGUCGAUCAGUAAGAUGAAGAAAUCUAAAUCGGCGGGCGGACACGGCGCCCUGUUGCAUGCUGCUCUGGACUGAACACAUUGAUCACUUGACCUCAGCCGAGCCUGCACUCACAGGUUCGAUUCCAGAGCCGUCGAUCAGCUGAUGUCUCUACACGUGUUUAAUAUGUUCCACAUGUGCCACAGUUUUUGUUUCUGCUGUUUUUAUUUAAAUCUGCUGAUCAUGUCGCUGACGGUCCUCCAGGUCCCACACCCUGACCCGGACCCGGACCCUCCAUGACCUCCAGACACAGAAAAGAAAAAUUAAUCAUUUCUGUGUCUGAAGGUGGAGCGAUGAAGCUGGAGUCUCGUCGUUAUGGUAACGCUUCCUGCUUUUUCCUGUGUAAAUAAACUGACAGUCGAUCAGUGAAACGUCUUUUUAACAAAUCAAUCACACAUGAGACGUUGGCUCCUGAUUGGACCAGACUUCAGGGCCGUGACCCCUGACCUUUCUGCUGGGAUGAUGUGUUGAGGGUCCUGUUCACUUGUCUGGAGUUUUUUUUUUUUUUUCUUGGUGUCUAUUUUUCUCGCCUAAAGUUGUAAAUGUUAAAAAACAUCUCAGUUUGAUGUUUAACGUUUGAACUGGACCUGGACUCUCUCAAACAGACGUUAUCUGCAUGUUCAGCAGAACCACUCUGCUGUUCGUUAGCGUCAUAAGAAUCAGUUAAUUGUAAUUACUGUUUGAAGACUUGUGACCUUUAACGAGUUCUUUCUGAAGGUCGUUAGGAAACGAGCAACUCUGUUACGUUUCUGAAGCGUUUACACUGUAAAAUAAAACUGUAAACAGAAGAAUCUGAACAUUUAGUUUGAAACUGUGUGAAGGUGAAUUUCAUCUUUUCUAUGAAGUGUACUUUAUUAUUAUUAUUAUUAUUAUUAUGCUUUUAUUCUGAGGUUUGAAUGUGGAAAGAACUCAGCUGUGUUUUCUAUUCUGGGAUGAAAAGAAUAGAAACCACAGUCAAGCUUCACUGGGGAUUAUUUCCUCAUCUGAUCGAUCAAUAGUUUGGUUUAUUAAAAUCUCCACGGUGACGUUUUCAGACGUGUUUUGUUUUGACCGACAGUUCAAAACCCAAAGAUUCGGAUUCAGUUUCCAAUCACAGAAAAAAAUAUGAUGAACACAUUUAACAAACUGAAAUCAAAGAUUAUUUUUCUGCCUUUUAAUAAUAAUAAAUAUCAAUCAAUUAUUCCACUAAUUGUUUCGUCAUCAUCAUUAAAUCACAGCAUCAAAUGUCAAUGUAAACAAAACCAGAAGAGAACCAGGAGGAUUUUUUUUACAAUGUAGUUGUUUCCUGUUAUGAUGUAAGAAACUAUGAUGGAACAGAAAAAUGAAAUUAUUAAAAAUAAAUUUUGAAAAUGUU